CACCGCUGCAUCGUCACUUCCAUCACGACACAGCAGGGCUCCACCCCCCGAAAGACAUGUCUGCUGAAGUUAUGACUAAACCGAGAUUCGUUAUUCAUAUGCGGCAACCUCUGCUAUGUACCACCGCUCCACAUCCACAUCCUCCACCAGACACUGUACAUCCACCAUCGAGAAGCCAUACAACAACGCCUCCCCACUCUCCCCACCUCCAUGCUCCCCGCCCCUGCCCGAGAUACACAACCUUUGUCUUUGACACAUCCCCCAUUAGAAGAAAACCGCGCUUUGGUGCCGCCAUGCCAUGCAGUCGUGACUCGUAAGCUGCGUAACAUCGUUAUGGUGGGUAUCUAUCAUGCAUGACACGAACAAUUGGCCUGGACAUAGACCUGGGAAGAAAACAAUGCUGAACCGAAACGCUCCAACGAAUGAGCCGAGGCUAGGCGGCAUGGAAAAUUUUACAAG